GUGGGUCAGGCAAGCGGGAGCGUCAAUGGUGCUUGGAAGGCCUCAGACUGGGUGCCCUCACUUAUACGGUCGAGCAUAUACCUGAAGUGUCUUCCAGAUUCCAAUAAGACGGUCUCUUGGAUGCCGGCAGACUUAGUCGCGGCAAGCAUACCUGAGAUGCGCAAUGCCUCACCGCCUGUCCUUCACUUAGCGAGCCCGAUUCCUGUGGCAUGGAGAACCCUUUUUACCCCGAUAUCAGAGAUUCUCGGACUUCCGCUAGUGCCGUACCACACUUGGUUGGACUCGCUUGAGCACAGCGACAUCGUCGAACACCGAGACAGAAUCAAGACGGAUAAACUCCUUCCUGACAACCCCGCCCUUCUGCUCCUUGACUUUUUCCGGUCUGCCGCUCGC